UGUUUGUAUGCCACAACUCCUCACGGUUCUUAAAACGAACAACGUAAAUAUUAUAAACUAUAGCUAAUCCCAAAAGUUUCCAAUCCAUAAUAACGAGCCGCGAUUGGUUUGCUACUCAAAGAAAUAAACGUGCGCCCAAUCUGUCGAGUACGACGCCGCCGGUGUAUUCACCUAGCGGGCGCCGCCACCAGCGAUUUGCCGGACGCGCCGCUAAAAUGCGAUGCGCAGAGCCGACGACCUUAAUCGAGCGUAAAGAAGAAUCUGGGCCUGGACUUUUCCACUCGACCAAAAGCGAGAGUGGUGCUGUUCAGGCCAGCAAGCAUAACGGUGUCCCCAAGAUGUCGUCGUCGUCGUCAUCGUUGAAAGUAGUUAUUUACGCCGGAGGCAUCCUGAUUUCAUAUGCCGUAUUCGGAAUCUUUCAGGAGAAGAUCCUUCGAAGUUCUUAUGGCAAAGACGAGGAACGUUUCGUCUAUCAGUUUUCAUUGCUACUUAUUCAGUGUGCCAUGAACAUGCUCAUGUCCAAGGUCUUGCUACAUGCAGUGUGGUCUCAGGGACGUGAUCUGACUGAAUGGCGCUACUACACACAGGGCGGGAUUUUCUAUGUCGGUGCAAUGGUGACCAGCUUUAUAGCGUUGCAAUAUGUGAACUAUCCGACUCAGGUAGUGGCUAAGUCAUGCAAGCCUAUCCCGGUUAUGAUUCUUGGUGUGCUGCUAGCACGGAAACGGUAUCCGAUACAGAAGUACCUAUUUGUAGUGCAAAUUGUUGUCGGAGCAGCGUUGUUUAUGUACGAAGAUACCCAUUGCAAAGCCGAUAAGGGCUCGUUUUUCGGAAAUAUGCUGCUCGCCGUCUCUUUAGCUUUAGACGGCCUAUUAGCAGCCACCCAAGAUCGGAUGAAGCAAAACUUCCAAACGAAAUCUCUUCACAUGAUGUUCCAUUUAAACUUAGUUAGCAUUAUCUUCCUCACCAUAUGUGUUGCCUAUACGGGCGAGCUUCCCGCCUUUGCCGCCUUCCUGCAGAAGUACCCUCAGCUGUAUGGCGAAGUUUUCCUGUUUGCGGUAUGCUCAGCGGUGGGCCAAAUUUUCAUCUAUUCGACAGUCGCCGAAUUCGGUCCGCUCGUGUGCUCAAUUGUGACGACGACGCGAAAACUUUUCACAGUCAUAGCGUCCAUCCUGUUGUUCGGCAAUGCACUGACCGAACGUCAAUGGUUAGGUACAUCGUUAGUCUUUGCCGGCUUAUUCCUUGAUGGUUUCUUUGGAAAGUCUUCAGAUCCAGCUAAAAAAGCUUAGAUCAAUCCGUUUCGAAGACCCGGCUUUCACGAGAUGCGGCUCACUGAUUUCAGGUAGUUGUCCAAAUGAUUGUCAAGUGAAUAGUUUCCACCCUAAGUGAUCAUUUUCGCAGUAAGAUUGUGUGCAGUAUAUUUUACUUCGAAAACGCUACGUCGGAUGAAAGUACUUCGCAUCGUCUUAAUCUGCAUCGAGCUGCGCUAUUUCGAGGGAAGUUAAGUCUUCGAAGGGCACAAUUGACGAAGAUAAGAAAAAUAACUUGAACGUGUGAAAAAUCUACGUAGUCAUUCAUUGGUGAUUUAAAGCGAUAAAGAGAGAGAUAAAGUACAAUAAAUAUAUUUCUACGUAAAUGUAGGCGAACGCAAAUCAAUAUCCUGUGUGAUUGUAUCAUUAAGUCUAUAAUUUGCCGACGUUGUCUAUAUUAUGGGUAGUACAAGCGUUGUGUAUAAGUAUAACAGUAUGACACGAUAACUUGGAUGCAUUAAACUCAUUACAGGUUAUACAAAAGGCAGUCAAAGCUUGCUUGAAAAAGCGCUUGAUGAUCCAUAAACAUUUCAAUCGAAAUCAAUCGAAAUAAACAGUGUCCUGUAUCAAGUAGUUUCGUAACCUGUAGACUGUAGUGUCUCGGUGUCAUGCAACACAAAACGCAAGAUGUGUGUUAAGGAUCAACUAUACAUAUACUGUAUAAUACUAUUGUUGACAAAUUUAUGUAGGGUUUUUACUUAUCUCAUAUGAUUUAGCGCAAAUAGAACGACAUGGAAUAAACAAGGAAUGACGGUGAGCAAGAAGAUUUGAAGCAGAACCUUCCGAGGUAAUUUAUUGCGCGUUGAUACGUAACAGAAAGUUGAAGACCGAUCGAGAGUCGAUUACAGAGACUUUUUAGCUCUCAACCACAACCAAGCUAAGAAAAUAUUUUAGCCUUCAAAAUAGAAUAUAAAUUGUAAGGUUGAACAUCGCGUAUGUUCUAUUGCCUUGCGGGAUCUAUCCAUCAUAAUAUGGCUUUGCGCUACUAGUGUAAAUCUAGUAUACAUAUAAAAGACACGGCUAGAGUCGCGUUGAACCCUUUAGCAAUUAAUUGUAAAACAAUAAAGUGUAUCUAAAAAAUGGGUGAUAAAUAUAAGUGUUUUGAGUUAGCCUAGACUAGC